CCGAACCUCCUUUAAACCCUCUCGCCGUCGCUCUUCGGCCCAACGACUCUCUAUCAUCCCUCCGAUGCUCUCUCUAGCAAGAAGAACGCCGAGGUCCCAAAAUUGCCUCCAGUUUAUAGCGCCCCAGCUCCGGUUUGCGCGAACCGAUGCUGGUCCUGGCCAACCACCGCGUACGCGGCGGCGGUCCAAGUUCUCGCCGUCGGCGAUGCUGAGGAAGACCGAAGAGAAGUCGGAGUGGUGGGUGGUGGACGGAGAAAUGCACGAAAUUGGGGAGAACGUGCCGCUGCGGGAACGGUUUGUGAUCCCCAGGGAUAAUAUUCCUAACAAGCGCCGCAAGCAGCUCCGGGAGCAGUUCAUGCGCCGUACUCGUCUCGUUCUCAAGGAAUCCGAGCAUGAACCUUGGUGCAAAAGAUAUAUGGAACUAUACAAUGAGCUCAGAGAGAAUUGGGAGAGGUUGUACUGGGAUGAAGGUUAUUCCAAGAAACUUGCUCAAGAUCAUGCAAAUUAUGACUCUGCUGAAGACGAUGAAGAAGAUUUCAAUCCUUACAGGGCAAGACAACCCCGCGGAGAGCAAAUUAAGGAUCAAAUUGUGGGAAGGAACAGGGGAAGUGAUACCUGGGAAAAGGUUAGCCAAAUCCGAGACAAGUUUGAAUAUGACAGAGAGAGAAGAAUGAGAGAGAAAGCCUUUGCACCAAUGAACGGUGGAAAUGAUUUUGAGAUGAAAACCCCAGCCUCAAAGAAUGAGCCCUUUGAUAUUAGCAGAUACAUUUCUGAAUCCGAAGACGACUGACUGGAAAGUUCCGAUUUGGAAAUAUUUAAUUCCCUGCUCGAUGCUGAGCAGUAUUGGAUUUCGCAGAGAUGAGUCUCCCGGUCUGGCACGAUAUCGUUGAUACUUCAAGUUUCACUAUUCUAAAUAAUCAUCAUGUUUACAAAUUUGGAUCUGAAUUGUGGGAAACAUCAGUUGGCUGGUCGUGGGAUGUGGCACAUAGUUGCAAUAUUCAACCUCGGCGCUCUCUAACUAUGGUGCGUUCUCCUAACAUUGAGCUUGUUCUGGCGCCAAUUAUGAGUUCAUGGCUGUGUAAGUAUCAGAGCCAUGAAUACAUGAAUAUUUGGAGAAAAUGGUUUGGGAGUUUACAGAGAGUUAGUUAUGCAUCCUUCUUGACUCCUUAUAUAUAUUUAUUAGCAACGAAUAGGUUUGUUCAGUCUCUAUUUGUAAUGGAAGUUUGAUUUUGUAUAUCCCGUGGAUCACUGACUUCUCUGCAUGUUUGCAAUUAAGCACUCUAUAUCUUCAAAUUUAAAGAAACAAA